GUGCAUUCCUUGGUCUGUAGUAGAAUGACGAUGCAGGUGGCAUAGAACACUCGCAUGGCGGCAGCGAUCACUGGGAGUGAGUCAAUGUGCACACUGAAACUCGCCUCUUGUUUGUCAAGAUAGUGGAUUGGGUGGUGCUGCCGAAAAUUCAUUUCUUGCUGCAAAGAUACCGGUCGCGAUUGGUAAGAUUUUGUGCUGUGUAAUAGCAAGGCCCCCUACCGAAGCGAUAGCCCAAAUCCCGCUGCAAAAGGGCUGCGCUACUUGCAGCAGGAUAAAACUCUCCGACCUUUGAGUGGACGGUGCCUUUGAGUGUUUUCUUCCCAUAGAUCACCUCAACGCCAAAACAAGUCGAAUGCCCUCAAUCUGCCCAUGUCCGCCGCUGAUGUGCAGUUUGUCGGAGGAAGAAAAGGUAUUCCGUGUUUUGCGUGAGCUACGUGAGCGAGCCGAAAGUGCGGACGUACGUGAAGACGUAGAAAAACUUGAAAAAUUGCUCAACGACCCUCUAUUCAGACAGUAUAGUAGGAAGUCAACUACGGACGAAAACACGGAAACGCCAAAAAAAGAAAGUAAAUCAUCUCUAACGCAGUACCUUCGCGACAGCGUCGAGAAGGAUCUUCUCGAACAGCUGAAAGACAACCAGAAACUGCACUUUGUCGACUUCGAUGUGUCAUCAUUGAAGCUCGAAGUGCUAGAUCCGCGACGAGACGAUCGUUUCUUGCUGAUCGCCGGACCUAAGGACGUUAAAGCCAGAUCAGCUGGUCUGCUGCGAAUCGGCGACCGCAUCGCGGCAAUCGCCGGGUGGCAUGCUGCGGACGACGAGAACACCGCAGCUGGCGCUAUCGACGACGCGACAUCGCACCCGGAAGGCGGGCCUGCGACUCGGCAGGGCGGAGCUGCGACGCUCUCAGCGACGGCGACUUUGACGCCGCCGCAUCUGUUGAUCCGAUCGCCGACGGCGGCCGAGUUUCGCGACGCCGCGAACGCCGCGCGAUCCGCGACCGUUGCUAUUGCUAUCGCUUUGAUUCGCGAAACGACUAGUAUGGUGUUGUCUGGAGACUGGACACAAGUCGAAAUUAUCAGACUCUCUACUGAAGGUGGUGGACUGGGGUUUGGCAUUGUCGGCGGAACCAGCACUGGCGUGGUUGUGAAGACCAUUCUUCCCGGAAGUCCUGCUGAUAAGGAUCGCCGCUUGCGACCAGGAGAUCAUGUCUUGCAGAUUGGUAACAUCAGCACUCAUGGCAUGAGCAGUCAACAAGUGGCGACGAUUCUCCGACAACAAGAUUCUAUUGUUGAAAUGAUAGUAGGACGGCCGAUCAACUAUGCCGAUAGACCACCUGAUAAUCCUGAGUGUUGGACAAUGUCAACGAGAGCUGCUCUAUGUGCUGCUUCAUUGGAGGAGCACAUCCAGAAGAUACAAGCAAGUUCACCUCAUUCCCCGCAGAUCACCCCUUCGACUGUCUCACCUUCUGUCAGCCACGAUGAAGUUAGAGAGGUGAACGGCCCGAAAAGUAGCGGUGUGCGUGCGACCUCACCUCCCUCGUCAACGGCGCACGACCGAGCAGCUGAGGAACACAGUGCCAGCCAUACGUUGACGACGAACCCAGCUCCUUCGUCACGGCUGUCGCUCCAGGAGAUCGCACUCAACGAGUCGAAAACAGAAAAUUCAGCGGCGUGUGAGGAGCAGCAGCCAGAGGAGCACGCCGUAGCGACGACUGCAUCGACGCAGGCCUCGACCAGCGCUCCCCGUCGGAGCAGCACCGACUCGGACAAAGUGCGGCAACCAGUGCCUAAUGGCAGCGCCAUGCGUGUCAACACUGCCACCUCCACCACCACCGCUCAAACUCCGGAAACCCCUGUCACUUCAAAAAUUUCACUUCGUGCGCUUCAGGAAAUGGCAUUGACUGUAUUCUUGCGGGAAAACUGGCAGAAUACCGGCUAUGAAACAGUUGACGUCACUUUACUCAGGGAUCCCGCACUGGGACUAGGCAUCACUGUAGCUGGUUAUGUACAUAGAAAAGAGGAAAUCGGUGGCGUGUUCGUAAAAUCGCUCGUGCCACGAUCAGCUGCCGCUCAAUCUGGUCAAAUCCGUGUUCAUGACCUCAUUUUGGAGGUCAAUGGUAUGUCGCUAGAGCACCUAUCACAUGCGGAUUCAGUACGGACUUUGGUUAGAAGUGGUGAAAACGUGCAUUUACGUCUCAUUCGUUUUCCACCCGACAGCGCACAAGCACAGUGCUUGAAAAUGCUUCAGGAACAGGAAACGGACACGCAGGUGAUCGACGUACAAUCGUCAAAUCCGGGACUGGUGUCGGAAUGGAAACGACGUUUAUCCAAUGACGUCGACAUUGUGACCGCCAUUAUUCGGCCAGAUUCGAAUCGAGCGAAUGAUGGUGGACUUGGCAUUGCGCUGGAAGGCACUGUUGAUGUCGUAAAAGGUCAUCAGCUCUGUCCGCAUCACUAUAUCGAGUCCAUACGACACAACGGACCCGCUGCCGUGUCGGGCCUAUUACAGGCAGGGGAUGAGCUGCUGCAGGUCAACCACUCCGUGCUCUAUGGAGAAUCUCAUGUGACCGUGCGACAAGCCCUCUCUCGAGCUGUUCAUUCCGGAGCUCCAGUGACAUUGGUGGUAGCUCGACGGACGCAGCAUGUUAACGUGUUCCAACCAAGCUCGGAGAAAAGUCUGCCAGCUUCUUACCCGCUUCUUGCAUCCGGACACGAGAAAAUCGUCAAAGCAAAAUCUGAAGUUAACAUCCCAGAGAUGGCUACGAGUACGGAUGCUCUGCUACAGCAGGUGUCUAGACGUUUGAGAGCACGCUCACUCGAACCGCUCACUGGUUUAGCUGUAUGGAAUUGUGUGCCGCUAGUGGUUUGUCUCGAGAAAGACGAACGUGGACUAGGAUUUUCUAUAGUUGAUUAUCAGGAUCCCGCCCAUCCUGGCGAAACCGUCAUUGUGGUGCAAUCGCUCGUGCCAGGUGGACUAGCUCAGUCAGAUGGCAGAAUCGUGCCUGGCGAUCGCCUCCUCUUUGUCAAUCAACAUGACCUCAGCAACAGCAGUUUGGAACGAGCUGUGGCUGUGCUAAAGGCUGCUCCAUUGGGACGAAUCCGAAUAGGCAUUGCUAAACCGAUACCCAUAGAUCAGUGUCGCAGUUCAUCGCACUCGCCUAUAUUCACACGAAGUGAACGCCUGUUAGCUCGUGGUAGUAGUCCAAGAGGGCGAAGACGACAGACGCCUUCGGUGACCACAUCCAGUCAAGAGACCGUCUGGAUUGGAGCUGAUCAGUAUCGUAGGCUGCAUCCGCAGAGCUACUAUCCUUCAAGAAGCCCAUCUCACUCGCGAAGUGAUCGAAGUCUCGACGGUUCGGACACCUCGAUGACUUCGUGGUCUCCCUGCUCAACUCGAUCACUAUCGCCGGCGGGUUCACCAUUAUCAUUACGAGGCUCUUGGGCGUACGAUGUUGUUUAUCUACCGACGCAUUUGGAGCGAAGUAUUAAAAUCACUAAAGGAGCUCUCCCACUAGGUAUCGUUUUGGACGCCGACAAGGACAAAGGUGUGAACGGGGCUGCUGUGAAGAGCAUCUGCAGUAAGAAAGCGAUUGCUUUAGAUGGACGCAUACAGGUCGGCGACUACGUUGUGCGAAUAAAUCAGGAGAGCCUUCGAAAUGUCACCUCAUCGCAAGCUCGUGCAAUUCUUCGUCGAACAAAUCUAAUAGGCACUCAGUGCAAUGUUACUUACAUAACGUCUGCCGAUGCUAGAAUGUGGAAAGAGCGGUUUCAUCGUGAAAGUGAAGCACCAUCACCGGUCAUCAAUCGAUUAUCACCGAAAAUCUUUCCAAAGUUCUACCGAAGUCCUUAUAUGUCACGAAAGGAGUCGCUGAAAGACGCAGAUGAUACGGAACCGCCAUCGGAAUCCUCUGAGCUCGCCAUCGUACAGUCACCGUCGCAAAUGUCGGAAGCGCCGACAAAAGAAGAAGAUUUGAUGGUAUCCGAUGUGAGGGAAAAAGCAGAAAAGAUGGAGAAAGAGGAACGGGAAGAGCCGGAGCAAAAUGUGGAGAAAACCAAGUCAUCUAUGGACCAAACCGUGCUGGACGAUUUUGUACAGCAAAUGCUUCAGGAAUCUUUACGCGACGCAGUGCUUGAGGUCGUAGUAAGCAGCGCCAUUCCUGACUGGAAAGAGCGAACGCAGGAAAGGAAAAUUGUUUCUGCGGUUCCUAGCAGUUCUCAUGGUGGCACACCAAGCACUCCGCAGCACACCCCCGUGCAAUCCGCUGAGCCCUCAACAUCAGGAUCCCCCCUUGGUAGCCCCGAUCGUCAAGGAAGUCCUCCCUAUACUGUUUUACAUAAAGAAAGUCAGUCCUCGCCGUCAUCAAACGUAGAAAGUCGGGAAAGCGAACCAUCACCUUCAAGUAGACCUCAAUCAGCAACGAGCAUCAAGCCAAACAGUAUGAAAUCGGAGAAGUCGCAGUCUGCACCCAAAAGUGCAGAAGGUAUAGAAUUACCUGAGCCAUCAAGCCCUCCAGAAAGGGCUAAUGACGAGCAUGAGGCCGUGGAAGCAAAAGUGGAACAUACACCGGCGAUUAGUACGCAAAACUUGGUGUCGGAGAACCUUUCUCAGGCAAAGCAAGUGUCUCGCUCAAAAUUCUGGGGUGAAGCGCGAACAGUUGUCCUCCAACGAGAACCUAAUAAAUCUUUUGGUAUUUCCAUAGUAGGUGGACGUGUCGAAGUCUCUCAAAAAGGUGGUCUACCUGGAACGGGCAACACUGUUUCGGGAAUAUUUAUCAAGAGUGUUCUGUCGAAUAGCCCCGCUGGGAGGUCCGGAAUGAUGAAUAUGGGAGAUAGAGUGAUAUCGGUCAAUGACAUCGACUUGAGAGAAGCAACACAUGAGCAAGCCGUGAAUGCCAUUAAAAACGCUUCAAAUCCUGUUCGUUUCGUUCUGCAGUCUCUUCAUAGUUUCACUCCACAGCAGCAAAUGGUCAGCUCACCUUCCAAUUCCACAAUUGGCUCCGCACCAGCAGAUUCUGCAAAAGUAGAAGAGGCUCCUCCCAAUAACAAUCUGGAGAUGACGUCGACACCCGCACCUGUACAAUCGCCAAAUGCCGAAUUCGUAGCAGCGAUUAUUGAAGAAAAAGUGGACGAACACUUUCAGUUGAAGAAAAUCGAAGAGGCAGUAGAACGGGGGAGCGUUUCUUCACGCCAAAGCGUCGAUGAGCAGCGAAGCCAGUCCAGUAGUCAGAAAAGUGAACAGAAUGUAAGCCCUAGCAAGAAGUCUAUAGGAUCCACGGCGAGCGAGCUGCAGCGAGAAAGUCCGGAGAAGAAUGAAAUCGAAAAGCAGAGCGGCAGAGCGUCGAUUGCAAAAGACGAUAGCAUGCCGAAGAGAGACUCGUUGAGGAGUGAAGACUACAGGAAAGAGUCAGGACCAUUGAUUGUUUCGGAUGUAUCCAGCUCGGAAGCGCAUGAUGAAGAACCAAGUACCUCAUGUGCCCAAUAUCCUCCAUCCACAGCAUCAAAUGCGGCGACAGUAGCCUUCAGCGCGGCAGAUCUAUCAAAGGACGCCGAAGAUCCCGAAUCAGAAACAAGAUUCGGUUACACUAGCAAAAAGAUUCAACGAAAAUACGGACAUCUACCUGGCGAUGUGAUGUUAGUAUCAUGUGAAAAAGUUCCUGAAGCGGGCUUAGGCAUAUCUCUUGCUGGAAAUCGUGAUCGCGAUAAAAACAGUACAUUUGUUUUAUCUGUAAAGGUACAGUGCCCACUUACUGUAAGAGCUGGAGAUGAACUUCUUGAGGUCAACGGACGCGUGCUUGUCGGCCAACCUCAUAUCAUUGCGUCGUCUAUCAUUCGACAAUGUUGUGAAAAAGGCGAAGGUUUGGAGAUUGUCUUAUGUCGACGAAAUGGCUCGAUGGAGGAUGUCGCCGUUCGUUCUGGUGAUGAAACAGCCGCCUCCGUAAGUAAUCAGGUCGAACCUAUGCCACCUACCGUGGAUGUGUCCACUGAUUCCGCACUGCAUAACCUUGAACAGUCGUCUCGAAAGAAGAGCUGUAGUGUGGAAAGAACGGCGGCAAUAGAAACUGGUAGAGAAACCUUGAUAGAGAUUGAUAAGGAUGGAAAAGGGCUAGGAUUAUCGAUAGUAGGUGGAUCGGACACGGUACUAGGAACGGUAGUGAUCCAUGAAGUCUAUCCAGAUGGUGCUGCCGCGCAUGAUGGCCGCUUAAAACCUGGAGAUCAAGUUUUGGAGGUGAACAACGUUUCGCUUCGAGGAGUGACUCACGAUCAAGCAAUCUCCGCCCUCCGGCGAACACCACCAAAGGUCCGCCUCUUAAUCUACCGCGAUGUGAACCUGCAGCUGAGCUUAUUGGACCCGACGCAGAUCUACAACAUGUUUGAAGUGGAACUCGUCAAAAAACCUGGUAGAGGCCUUGGCCUAAGUAUAGUUGGCCGCAAAAAUGAGCCCGGCGUUUAUGUGAGCGAGGUAGUGAAGGGAGGUGCAGCUGAAGCAGACAACCGGUUGAUGACAGGCGAUCAGAUUCUUGCGGUGAAUGGACAAGAUGUAGCAAAUUCGAUGCAAGAGGACGUGGCGGCGAUGUUGAAGACGUGCGUUGGUCGAGUAUGUCUCAAGGUUGGACGAUGGAAAAUCACCGAGACUGCGAAUCGAGUACAUGCGGCAGCGGAAGCAGCUUUAGCUAGAUCGCAGACCACACCUCGAUCUGACGACUCGCGUACAUCAGCAGUGACAUCGGAAAGGAAAGAAGUUGCUUCACCGGCUCCUCCCGUUCGACCGAUCAUCACUCAUACUUCUCCAGAAGGAGAAGCUGUAGCUGAAGCCGAAGUUCAUUUGUCGCCUGUCACGGAAGAGCCAAGUAGUGGUACCGAUCAGCGCAGUCUACAAGAAGAAGAACGACAUCCGCAAGGAAUGGAAAUGCUGAAAGAUCUCAAAGAAGAAGGAAGUGACACUUUGUUACUGGAAUUGAAAAAGAUUCCUGACCAGCAACUUGGGAUGGGCAUUGGUAAGCGGUCCCGAGGCAUUCUGGUUACCUCAUUGCAACCGGGUUCAGCGGCGGCGGAGAAGCUCAAAGUUGGAGAUCGAAUCCUUGCUGUAAAUGCACUGCCUGUAACUGAUCAGCUCUCGGCUGUAACUUUUGUGAAGGCAAGUGGCCCUCGACUAUUCUUGCAAAUUGCUCGGCCACGAACAUCUCCUCAAUAGCAAACAGCACGGUUUUUUGGAAUUAUUGCACAAAUGCACCGAAACACUUCUAAUACGGGAACAGAUUAUGGCAGUGAACACAGCAGGGUCACCUGAUUGAUCAAGUCAUUGAAUUACAGUCUCAGAUAAGUCUAGUCUAUGUAGAUUUUAUAUCCUGUGGUAGCAUUAUUGUUUGCAUUUGCCAAUUUGAAUACACUUCGAGAGCUUUCCAGUCAUUGUUAUUUUGUGUCCCAUGUCUAGGUGAUUCUCAACAUACUCUGCCAUAAUGUCUUUUCAUUUUAGUAUUCAGUGUGUAUUUUGAAUGAUGAAGGCUAUGUGCAUAUACGUAUUUAUGAUGAACUUCUAUCUUAAUCAAUUUCCAUACAAUGUUCGUCCUUGCAGUACAGAGAUCUCCA